AUGGGUGCUGGUGGACCUGAUGAUGAAGAAAACAGAUGGCCUCCAUGGUUGAAACCUCUGCUGAAAGAGCGUUUCUUUGUUCAAUGCAAGAUGCACGCUGAUUCACAUAAAAGUGAGUGUAACAUGUACUGUUUGGAUUGUAUGAAUGGUGCUCUUUGUUCUCUCUGCCUCAAUUAUCAUAAAGAUCAUCGCGCUAUUCAGAUAAGGAGGUCUUCGUACCAUGAUGUGAUUAGGGUGAAUGAGAUUCAGAAGGUGUUGGACAUAUCUGGAGUUCAAACCUAUAUUAUCAAUAGUGCUAGGGUGGUGUUCUUGAAUGAGAGGCCUCAGCCAAGGCCGGGCAAAGGUGUGACCAACACUUGUGAAGUCUGCGAGCGGAGCCUUCUCGAUUCGUUUCGAUUCUGUUCUCUUGGUUGCAAGAUUGUUGGAACAUCGACGAGUUUCCAGAAGAAGAACAAGUUAGCUACCAUGAUAUCAGACUCAGAGGAUUCGUACAGCAGCAGUUGCAGCCAUGGAAAACUGAAGAACAACAUCAAGGUGCAAAGCUUCACUCCUUCAACACCACCACCAACUUCAGUUAAUUACAGAACAGCCAAAAGAAGAAAGGGAAUUCCACAUCGUGCACCAUUGGGAGGACUAGUCUUGCAAUACUAG